AUGAAUCCUGAUCCAUUGAAGCCAGUCACUCUACGGCGAUCGUGCCAAGCAUGCAUCAAGGGUAAACGACGAUGUGACCAGCUCUGGCCUAAAUGCAGCAGAUGUCUAGGCAAAGGACGCGAUUGUGAAUAUGCCAAUGCUCCUUUGACGGCCACAUCUGACUCUCGAAGAAGCUUGAUAAAAAAGGCUCCGCGCAAUCGCGGACAAGUGGCCUUGUCGCAUCAGAUCCGCACACCGUUGCGAUUGGAGAUUGCGAAAGAAUACGAUCAAUCUGCAAUUAAAUUUCUCGUUCGCGGACUGCGAGAGUACCCGAGGGCUUUUGUGACAGGCCAGAAGACAGAUUUUAUACAUCCGGAAACCUACUCAUCUGGUCUUCCGACUGCCAUUCGAGAUACACAUAUUCUCUGCGGGCUUUACGCUCAACGUGCGCCACAGGGAAAUAUCAGUGAUAUUCUUUACUUCCUUCGUAUGAAGUCAGAUGAGAUCUACCGCCAUUUCUCUCACUCUUCUUCAUUUAAUGACCUUCUUGGUUGUUCACAAGCCUUGAUUCUCAUCCAAUGUAUCCUGGCUCUAAACCAGGACCUUCCAAGCCAAUAUUCUGAGGACACAAGUUCAAUGCUCGAAAAAGUUGCGAAAAGACUAUGGGAACAGGCACCCGUCCAGCUGCCAUCCACGCUUACUCAACGACAAGCGUGGCUUCUGGCCGAAAGUGUUCGACGUACCAUUAUCGUGAGCUUGAUGCUUCGAAGUGCAUAUUCUUUGAACACGAGGAACUACUCCGUCCGGACCCCUUUUGUGGAUGCAUUGCCAUUCGAUGUUCGUACCAGUCUUUGGGAUGAUGAUUCGAACCAUGCUCUGGCAGAUCAGGACUCUGGUCUAUCUGGUUCGAUGAUUUCUUUACAUGAAUAUUCGGAUGCUAUGGAAAGAGGCAGUGUUCAUAAUAUCAACAACUUUGGUGCCUUGAUCCUGGCUGCUUGUAAAGGCAAGGAACUAUCGGGAAUACCGCAUCCCCCGCAAAACUCCUACAUAUCAAGUUGA